AAAAAUGAGAAAAGAAAAAAAGGUUAACUGCAAACACCACGCGAUGUUUCUCCGUGCAGAACACGCACGCACACAAACUAUGACAGUGCAUCUUACGCGCUGUGUUUAACAGCUAGUGCUUACCCCAAAGCAAAAAGCCCAAAACCGGAAACCCCAGGCCCAACCCACAAAAUUCAAAAACUUCAAAUUCCGGGAUUAAUUAAUCCCAUCCGUUGAUUCCGGUAGCAAACGUGGCAUAACGAACGGCUCAGAUCGCCUUUGACUCCACGCUCACCGACCCUACUCAUUUGAAUUCAAAUUUACCCCUCUCCUCCUCAAAGUUAACGUUACAAAAUCUCCAAACCUUCAGGUUCGGCUCCUAAAACUCCAUUUUUCUCUGUAUCAUUCAAGAAAUUAAAAGCUCAAAAUUUUCCAAUUUCCAGUACAUUUUCUCACCCAAUUUCCAAACCUUAGUUAGCUCCCUUUCUCUCUUCCUUUUUCUGGGUUUCCGAGGGAAUUUUUCUGGCGUUUUUGUUUCUGGUUUUGUAAGCUAGUUUGUUGUUUUGAAGGGCACGAGAAGAUUGGGUUUUCAAUGGAGGCUAGAACAAGAACCGGAUUUCAUGACCUCAAUAUGGCUUCAAGAAAAGCUGAAGAAGCAGCUUUGAGACGAUAUGUAGCUGCGGCUUGGCUUGAAAGUUUUGUGGGUCCACUGGGGAUAUCGAGUCAGCCAUCGGAGAGAGAGUUCAUUUCUUGCUUGAGAAAUGGUCUGAUUUUGUGCACUGCCAUUAACAAGAUCCAGCCAGGUUCAGUGCCCAAGGUUGUGGAGAGUAAUUCACAUUUACAAUCACAUACCCGAGAAUUCCAGCCACCGCGAGCCUAUCAGUACUUUGAGAAUGUUCGAAACUUUCUGGUGUCCAUUGAAGAGUUAAAACUUCCUGCCUUUGAAGCUUCUGAUCUUGAAAGGGAUGCCUUGGAAGCUGGGGCAGCUGGCAGGGUUGUGGACUGCAUAUUGGCCCUGAAGGCUUACAAUGAAUGUAAGCAGAUUGGGGGAAAUGGAUAUCACAAGCAAGCAAGAUCCCCCCUGGUCAUGCAUUCUGCCAGUAGGAUCCACUCACGGGCAUCAUCAGAUUCUUGUAGGCGGUUGGAAAUGUUUACUUGCCCUAAACAGCUACCUUCUAAUGGAGAAAUGACUAAACUUCUCGAAGAUUCAAUUACUAAGGUACUCUCUGACUAUAUGGAUGACACAAAGGAAAACUUUGACAACAAUCUUUUGAGUUCCUUCCAUAGAGGAAAUUCGGAUUCAAUUGGAUUAUUUAUCAACAUGCUUUCAAGUCUUUUGGAGGAACAUUCUAAGGAAAAAAUCCCUGAGCGGAUGAAAAAUUUUCUGAGAGAAAGAAGUACCUCAGCAGUCAAUUUAGCAUCUAUGCCUCCAGACGAUGUAACUGGACUUGCCUAUUCUAAGGGUACUGAAGCUCGCUUGAGAAAAGGUAAUGGUAAACAACGGAGCUUAGUGCAAAUGCAAGAAAAAGAGCUUCUGGAUCUCAAGGCAUUGUUAUCCAAAACAAAAAGAGAGUUUGAAGGCUUACAGAUAGAGUUACACAGAGACUUGAAAGAGCUGGGAAACCAAGUAGGGGAAAUGUCAACCGCUGCUCUUGGGUAUCACAAGGUGGUCGAAGAGAAUAGGAAGUUGUACAACAUGGUUCAGGAUUUGAAAGGAAAUAUCCGAGUUUUCUGCAGAAUUAGGCCUGCUUUCUGUGCUGAGACAAAAAAUGUGAUACAUUUUAUUGGAGAGGAUGGUACCCUAGUGGUUUCAGACCCGUCAAAACUGCAAAAAGAUGGGAGAAAAGUUUUUCAAUUCAAUCAUGUGUUUGGCCCAAGUGCUACUCAAGGUGAUGUGUUUAAGGAGACUCAACCUUUGAUUCGGUCAGUAAUGGAUGGUUAUAAUGUUUGCAUAUUUGCAUAUGGCCAAACAGGAUCUGGCAAAACAUAUACCAUGAGUGGUCCAUCUGGUGGUUCAACUGAGGAUCUUGGGUUUAAUUAUCUGGCUCUGAAUGAUCUCUUUCUGAUUUCCAGUCAAAGAAAGGAUGUUAUUAAUUAUGACAUUCAUGUUCAAAUGGUUGAAAUAUAUAACGAACAAAUUCGGAGCUGUACUAGUGAUAAUGGCUUGAACCUUCCUGAUGCUAAACUGCAUCAUGUGAACUCAACAAAUGAUAUUCUUGAUCUAAUGAAAUUUGGAGAGGUGAAUCGUGUUGUCAGUUCCACUGCAAUGAAUGACCGAAGUAGCCGCUCCCAUAGUGUCUUGACAGUGCAUGUGCAUGGCCAAGAUGUGAGUGGCAACAUUUUGCGGAGUUGCUUGCAUUUGGUAGACCUUGCUGGAAGUGAAAGAGUGGACAAAUCAGAAGUCACGGGAGAUAGGCUCAAAGAGGCUCAGCAUAUAAAUAAGUCUCUUUCUUGUUUAGGAGAUGUCAUCACUGCUUUGGCUCAAAAGAACUCCCACAUCCCUUACCGAAACAGCAAACUCACUCUGCUCUUGCAGGACUCAUUAGGUGGACAGGCUAAGACAUUAAUGUUUGCUCAUGUGAGUCCGGAAGAAGACUCUUUUCUUGAAACUGUUAGCACUUUGAAGUUUGCUCAGAGGGUCUCAACUGUGGAACUUGGUGCUGCUCGUCUGAACAAAGAAAGCAGUGAGGUUAUGAAACUUAAGGACCAGAUUGAAAGCCUCAAGAAGGCAUUGGCAAACAAGGAAGCACAAGGUGCACCAUUCAAUAAAAUAAAGGACCCUAGAUCUCCAAGGGAAAAAAUCAAAGCAGUGACUGACAGAACUCCUCCUCGGGCUCGAAGGUUGAGCAUCGAGAAUGGUAGCGCAGUGAAGACUGAUAGAAUGACAAAUACUGAAGUGAAGAAAGGACCAAAAUCCCCUUCAAUUCCUUCUCGAGCUAGGAGGUUGAGCUUAGAGGGUCCAAGAUAUGAAAGGAAGGAUAACAUUCAGAUUAAACCAUCCGACAAUAUGAGAGGACCACUAAAUGUUGAGGCAAUAUCAAUACAGAACCAUAGUCAUGUACAUGAUCCGGAGGCAGCCACAAGACAAUAUGGGCACCAAAGCAAUGGUGGUUCUAUGAUGGAAACUUAUCUUCCAAAAGUUCCUCGUAGUCCUACAAGUUCUUCCUUCCAGUAUCGAGCACUAAAGACAGAUGGUAGAAUUCAAGUUCCAAAACUUCAGCUGCCAAAGACUCCUGAAAAGCAGGUUCAGAUAGCAAUACAAAGUGAACUUACUCCUACAGAUUCUCGAACCACUAAUGGAAAGGGCUCUCAAAUAAGGAAAUCCAUCCGGACAACUAUUGGAAAACUAAUUAGUGGUUCUGAGAGGAGGGUCCAACCAAGCUUGGCAGAAGCAAAAUCACCUGUUGGUGGAGAGAACAACAAUAACAAUGAUGGCAAGUCCCCACUCACAGCUAAUGCAAGAGCUAUGAGGAGGCAAUCACUAACUGGCAUUCAAACUUCUGGACCAGAGAGAUCUCGUAGGUCUUCACUUGGAGGGAAGCCAAUUGACUCAAAUGCAGACCACAACAAGAAUUCAAGGACACCUCCUUCUGUCCAAAACUCCACAAAAACAUCAAAGCGAUGGCUGUAACCAUUGAAUUUUAGGUGUGACUGCCGGUAGGUGAUGCUUUGACUUGAAGCAGACUGACAUGCUGACACUUAGAGGACAAUCCAGGAAUUGCAAGAACCAGAUUCAGACAGAUUGAGCAAACACAAGUAGUUAUGUACAAAGAGAAUAUAAUUUCAGGUGAGGCAAAGGAUCAAGCUGCUUAUUGAUUGUCUGUCAUCUUAUUAAUGACUGGUAAAUAAUGUCAGAUAGGUACUGACUGAUCUAAUGAUUCUUGUAAUUUCAAUUCGGGAACACCCUGAGGAUGUAAAGUUUCUUAUUGGCUUAACGAAUUCUUGACUUGUACUUCCACUCAGAUUGCCUUCAAAAUAAAGCUUCUUAAUAAAAGCAGCCACAUUUC